UGAUAGCACAAUCAUCUUAAUUAAAAGUCGGAUUAAUAAAAACUGUAACGAAUACAGAUGCGUGCACGCAUAUAAUUGUAAUCUUUUGAAAACUAGAAAAGUGAUUAUGAUAUUGAAAUAUUUCAAGUCACAUUUGCUCAGCAUCUGCGUGGUUUUCUUGGGCUUUGGCGCAAGAGCAGUGUAUGGGGCCUGCGGCCCCACCAAAUUCGAGUGCGAUAAUGGCAGCUGCAUAUCGAAGUUCGAUGCGUGCGACGGCAUCAAGAACUGCCCAGAUGGGUCGGACGAGACGGGUCAGACGUGUGUCUCGCACCGAAAGCAUUGCAGCAAGCCCUACUUCCAGUGCAGCUACGGGGCAUGUGUGAUCGGCACGGCGCCCUGCAAUGGGGAAAAUGAGUGCGCAGACGGAUCGGAUGAGACGUUGCUGCGAUGUGGCACCGAUGACGAUAUACGGGAGUUCGAUAACCGCCAGCAGGGCAACUGUCAGAGCAACGAGAUCAAGUGCCCCUCUGGCAUAUGCAUUGAUAAGAGCAAGUAUCUGUGCGAUGGCCAGGAUGACUGUGGAGACGGCAGCGGCUUUGACGAGUCGGUCACGUUGUGCGGACACAUCGAGUGCCCGGGCUACGCGUUCAAAUGCGCCACUGGCGGCUGCAUUUCCAACCAGCUGACUUGCAAUGGCAAGUCCGACUGCUUCGAUGGGUCCGACGAGGCGCCAUUGUUGUGCAACACAACCGGAAAGCCCACACAGCAGCUGUUCGUGGAGUUGACGGAUCAGCUGGGUUGCCCACUGCCGCGUGGUGAUGAGCAGCCCAUACUGAAGGAUCAUCAUGGCACCCUUUUGACGCCACCCAUUAUCAGGGCGACCGUCUACUUCUCUUGCAAUCCCGGCUACGUGCUGGAGGGCGCCGAGAGCAGCCACUGCGCCAAUCGCAAGUGGAGUCUGCCCAUUGUGCCAAAAUGCGUGAAAUACUGCGACUCCUUGCGUGACUCGAGCGGCCACUCCAAGAACCUGUUCAACGGCUAUUCCACUAGGGCGACAUGUAUUUAUAACGGUCAGCAGGUUAAUUGCGGCCAACGCUACCAUCCACCUGGCACCGAGGUGAAGUUCGUCUGCGCCACCGGCUUCCAAACGCUCAGGACUACGCUGCCGGAUAUCAAGUGCCUGCCCAGCGGUCACUGGAGCCGUGAGCGGGAGCGCUGCGACCAGGAGUGCGGCCAGAUUGCGACACCCAUCAAGCAGUUCUCGGCCUUUGGCUACUCCGUCAACAACACGGUGGUGCCCUGGCACGUUGGCCUCUACGUCUGGCACAACGAGAAGGACUACAAUUUCGUCUGCGGCGGCACCCUGCUCACCCCCGACCUGGUCAUCACGGCCGCCCAUUGUGUGUUCAGCGAGGUGUCCGGGCAAACCUACAGUUUCGAAACGUUCCGCGUGGUUGCCGCCAAGCUCUAUAGGGGGUACAAUGAUGUCACCAACGAGGAUCGCAAACGGGACGUGCAGGACAUUAUAGUGGCACCUCGCUACAAGGGACGUGAGGACAAUUUCCUCAACGAUUUGGCGCUGAUCGUACUGGAGGAGCCAUACGAGCUGAGCAAUGUCAUCCGGCCGGUGUGCGUGCACUUCUUCGACUAUGCCUUGAAGGAGACCGUCAAUAACGAGGUGCGUGGCCAAUUUGCGGGCUGGAACUUUAAGGAUAAGCGCGAGUUGCAGUUUGUGCCGGCGGAAUCGAAAAUGAACGCCGUGUGCGUCACCAGCCUGCGGGAUAUAAGUGCCGAUAAGUUCUGCAUGUAUACGCAGGGCAAGUCCCUGGCCUGCCAUGGCGACAGCGGAGGCGGCUUCACGGCGCAGCGGGAGACGCAAAGCUUCUCGCGGGAUACGAACCGGCACUACUUGUAUGGCGUCAUUAGCAGUGCCCCGAAUGCGGGCCAGUGUGCCCAAAGUUUGACAUUACUCACAAAUAUACAACAUUUUGAAAAUAUGAUCAAUGACGCCCUUAAAAAGAGUAUUGAAAUCAGAUCUUAAGUCUGCAAUACUUGUAUAUACAUAUAUAGGAAGAAUUUAGUUUUAACAUAAACAUUUUAUUUUUUUGGAUUAUCUAGAGAACACUCAGUGGGAGUUACUCGGAGAAUAAUCUGUAUUUGCUCGGCUCUUCUUGACAAUGAUUAGCAUAACAAAUUUUAAGAUUUUUGGCAGCCAUACAAAAAUGUAAUAUGAGAAAAAGAAA